CACUGCAUGACGCGCACUGCCCUUGUCCACCUCUCUAUAAUAUGACACCUAACCUCUCUUGUUGAGUUGCAAUUUGCAAGCUUGCAGUACGUAGAUCUGGUAUAGCUCGGUGCGUAGCCCUUUCGAGUUUCGUUUGCUGAAAGGGGGGGCGGAUAGCCGGCGACCUCGAUCUUCUAGCUAGCCAGCACUGCAGGCAGAGAAUGUGUCGAAAGAAGCUGGCCGCGUGGUGAUAUCCACAGGAGAAGACAUGCUGCUUGGAAAUUCACGGCUGCUAGAAGAAGCUGAGGGAGUGGCAAUAUCGCCAGGAGACGGCAUGGCCCCUGUACAUUCUCCGCAGACUCAGCAGCAAGAGAUCCUUAUUGACCAUGCUCCACAAACCUCGAUUGAUGAGUUGCUCAAGGUGAUAAAAGGAGCCAAUGGCAUGCCGGUGCUGUUCGUCCCCUCCAGCGACGGGCGCCUUGCAGCAGUAGCUGUGGAUGGCCUUCAGAAUCUUGUGCCUGCCAAUCGCGACAACAAUGGGUCCGGUGAAAAUAGACACCGGGAUUUCCGUGCCUGGCUAUUACUCCUGGCGUCACUGGUUGCCACGGUCACCUUCACCGCAGGACUGACUCCACCCGGCGGCUUCUGGGCUACCGACGACAAGGCAAAUAGAUACGUCGCUGGUACCUCAGUUAUGCGUGACAAAUUUCAGACUAGGUACUAUAUCUUUCACUUUAGCAACACAACCGCCUUCUUCGCAUCCCUGCUGGUCAUUGGAAUGCUAGCCAAAAACAAGGAGGUCACUAUGAUGAACAAUAAAGUUUUCAGAAUCCUGGUAUGUUUAUGUUUUUUAUGCUCAGGGGGUAGCUAUAUCGCUGGCACGUCGGCCAACCUAGCUCAGUCGAUUUUCUCCACUACUGUGUUUGUAGUUGUCAUUGUUUACUUGGUAGUUUUUGCUGCUUCAUAUUAAAUCUGGGAUGCAGUGUCCCUUUGUAACGACCGGAGACCGAUGGGUCAAAGUCCUGGACCUUUUUGGCACCCCACAUGGUCGGGUGUUCAUUCCCAUGCUCUUGUUACUCCACCCGUUAGGGUUCAAACAACCUAA